CCCGCUGUGCCUCUGGGCGGCGGCGCCUGCGCGGGGCGGCGGCGAUGGCGUCCGGGUGCCGGGUCGGGCCGUCCGUGCUCAACGGCGACCUGGCGGCGCUGGGCGCCGAGUGCGGGCGGCUGCUGGAGUGCGGCGCCGAUUACCUGCACCUCGACGUCAUGGACGGACAUGCACAUGAUGGUGGCCAGGCCCGAGCAGUGGGUGCAGCCGAUGGCGGUGGCGGGCGCCAACCAGUACACCUUCCACCUGGAGGCCGCGGACAACCCGGGCGCGCUCAUCAAGGACAUCCGCGAGAACGGCAUGAAGGUGGGCCUGGCCAUCAAGCCCGGCACGUCGGUGGAGCAGCUGGCGCCCUGGGCCAACCAGAUCGACAUGGCGCUGGUGAUGACGGUGGAGCCGGGCUUCGGAGGGCAGAAAUUCAUGGAAGACAUGAUGCCAAAGGUUCAGUGGCUGAGGACGCAGUUCCCAUCGCUGGAUAUCGAAGUGGACGGAGGAGUCGGGCCUGACACCAUCCACAAGUGCGCAGAGGCAGGUGCAAAUAUGAUUGUAUCUGGCAGUGCUAUUAUGAGGAGCGCAGAUCCGAGAUCUGUGAUCAACCUUCUAAGGAACGUGUGUUCAGAAGCUGCUCAAAAGCGGUGUCUGGAUCGAUGAGACCUACUCGAACACUGUUCAAGAAGGCUCUGUGCGUGCAGGAGAGCCCUUGUUUCUCGUGCGUAAGGGAGGGCUGGAUGAACAUUAAUUACGGAAAUUUGUUGCUGCUGAACAGAGGAAUCAUUCCUUCACUGCAAUGAAGCAAGCAGCAGUGAAAAAACAUUCUGGCUGUCUUUCAGGGUUGGAAAUGCAAUGGUUUGAACUUGUUUCUUGAUUCUGUGGAGGCUAAUUUUAUGCAACAACCUUUAAUGCUGAGUGGAUCGAACUAAAAUUCAAUCAGUUCUUGCUUGCUAGAAGAGUGUAGCAUCACCACAUGCAAUCUCUCUUGUGGAAGACUAAUGAACCUGCCUUCUGCUGUCUGUAUUUUGUCACUUGAUCUGUGCAUUCCUACAAAACUUUUCCAAUGUCUGCAUUAAACACACUUCUCCUGGUGUGGUAA